GUGCUGCAACCGUGUGUGAUCGGGGCUCGAGAAAACCAACAGAGGAAAAACAAAUACACAAAUUCAAGACUUUAAGGUGUAAAAACGUGAAAGCAAAAGGUGUUUGUGGGUGUGUGUUUGUAGCAAAAGAAGAGUCAAGAUGUAUCUACCGUAUACGCAAUUACCGGAUCCCACGGAUAAAUUUGAAAUCUAUGAGGAGAUAGCCCAAGGUGUUAAUGCCAAAGUGUUUCGGGCCAAGGAAUUGGAAAAUGAUCGCAUAGUGGCCUUGAAGAUACAGCACUACGAUGAAGAGCAUCAGGUUUCGAUCGAAGAAGAGUAUCGUACUCUGCGGGAUUAUUGCGCGCAUCCGAAUCUUCCGGAAUUCUAUGGAGUGUACAAGUUGUCCAAACCCAAUGGACCCGAUGAAAUUUGGUUUGUCAUGGAGUAUUGCGCUGGCGGAGCAGCUGUGGAUAUGGUGAAUAAGCUGCUGAAACUGGAUCGACGUAUGCGAGAGGAGCAUAUAGCGUAUAUUAUUCGCGAGACAUGUCGGGCAGCUAUUGAACUUAAUCGCAAUCAUGUCCUUCAUCGGGAUAUUAGAGGAGACAAUAUCCUUUUGACCAAGAACGGUCGAGUCAAGCUCUGCGACUUUGGUCUAUCGCGACAAGUGGACUCAACCAUGGGCAAGAGGGGCACUUGCAUUGGUUCACCCUGUUGGAUGGCACCCGAAGUGGUGGCCGCCAUGGAGAGUCGCGAACCAGACAUAACAGUACGCGCUGAUGUCUGGGCCUUGGGUAUUACCACAAUAGAAUUGGCUGAUGGUAAACCGCCAUUCGCCGAUAUGCAUCCAACUAGGGCCAUGUUUCAGAUCAUCCGUAAUCCUCCGCCCACUUUGAUGCGCCCGACCAAUUGGUCACAACAGAUUAAUGAUUUCAUAUCCGAAUGCUUGGAGAAGAAUGCCGAGAAUCGUCCAAUGAUGGUUGAAAUGGUCGAGCAUCCGUUCCUCACCGAAUUGAUCGAAAACGAGGAAGAAAUGAGAUCUGAUUUGUCCGAAAUGUUGGAGUUAUCACGAGAUGUUAAAUCCUUGUAUAAGGAACCUGAACUUUUCGUCGAUCGUGGUUAUAUAAAGCGUUUCGAUGAGAAACCGGAACGCAUGUAUCCCGAGGAUUUGGCUGCCCUCGAAAAUCCAGUGGAUGAGAAUAUAAUCGAAUCUUUGCGUAAUCGCAUGAUGAUGGGAGAAUCGUACAGUUUCAUUGGCGAUAUUUUACUUUCAAUUAAUUCGAAUGAUUUAAAGCAAGAGUUUACGCCAGAGUUCCAUGCUAAAUACCGUUUCAAGUCACGUUCAGAGAAUCAACCGCAUAUCUUCUCGGUGGCUGACAUAGCCUACCAGGACAUGUUGCAUCAUCGGGAGCCGCAGCACAUUGUCUUCUCUGGGGAAAGCUACAGCGGCAAGUCCACCAAUGCCCGACUCUUGAUCAAGCAUCUAUGUUAUCUGGGUGAUGGUAAUCGAGGGGCCACUGGACGCGUGGAAAGCUCCAUCAAGGCCAUCCUAAUGAUGGUCAAUGCUGGCACACCAGUUAACAACGACUCCACACGAUGUGUCCUGCAAUAUUGCUUGACUUUUGGCAAAACUGGAAAAAUGAGCGGAGCCGUUUUCAAUAUGUAUAUGUUGGAGAAAUUACGUGUGGCCACCACGGAUGGGACUCAGCAUAAUUUCCAUAUAUUUUACUAUUUCUAUGAUUUUAUCAAUCAGCAGAAUCAAUUGAAGGACUACAAUUUGAAAGCCGAUCGCAACUAUCGUUAUUUGCGUAUUCCACCAGAGGUGCCUCCGACCAAAUUGAAAUAUCGUCGUGACGAUCCGGAGGGUAAUGUUGAACGUUACCGUGAAUUUGAGAGCAUUCUGCGAGACUUGGAUUUCAAUCAUAAGCAAUUGGAAACCGUACGAAAAGUCCUGUCAGCCAUCUUGAAUAUUGGCAACAUACGUUUCCGUCAAUCGGGCAAAUACGCCGAAGUCGAAAACACGGAUAUUGUGUCACGCAUUUCGGAUUUACUGCGUGUCGAUGAGAAGAAAUUCAUGUGGUCAUUGACCAACUUCAUAAUGGUCAAAGGAGGCAUUGCCGAGCGGCGUCAAUAUACCACAGAGGAGGCCCGUGAUGCCAGAGAUGCUGUGGCCUCAACACUUUAUUCGCGUCUCGUGGACUUUAUAAUCAAUCGCAUCAACAUGAAUAUGUCAUUUCCACGAGCGGUCUUUGGUGACACGAAUGCCAUAAUAAUCCAUGACAUGUAUGGUUUCGAAUGCUUUAAUCGCAAUGGUCUGGAGCAAUUGAUGAUCAACACAUUGAAUGAACAAAUGCAAUAUCAUUACAAUCAACGCAUCUUUAUCAGCGAAAUGCUUGAAAUGGAAGCAGAGGAUAUUGAUACCGUUAAUCUUAAUUUUUAUGACAACAAAACAGCCUUGGAUAAUUUGUUAACCAAGCCAGAUGGUCUCUUUUAUAUUAUUGACGAUGCUUCAAGAUCCUGUCAAGAUCAGGAUUUGAUAAUGGAUCGCGUUUCGGAGAAGCACAGCCAGUUUGUGAAGAAGCACACUGCCACUGAAUUGUCUGUCGCUCAUUAUACGGGCCGUAUUAUCUAUGAUACGCGCGCCUUUACCGAUAUCAAUCGUGAUUUUGUACCCCCGGAAAUGAUUGAAACAUUCCGCUCCUCGCUGGACGAGAGCAUCAUGCUCAUGUUCACCAAUCAAUUGACCAAAGCUGGUAAUCUAACAAUGCCCUUUGAGGCUGUACAGCAUAAAGAUGAGACCGAACGUAGAUCAUAUGCUCUCAAUACAUUGAGUGCUGGCUGCAUUUCGCAGGUGAACAAUCUACGCACUUUGGCGGCCAAUUUCCGUUUCACCUGUCUAACUCUGCUCAAAAUGCUUAGCCAAAAUGCCAAUUUGGGUGUACACUUUGUGCGUUGUAUUCGAGCGGAUUUGGAAUACAAGCCAAGGGCCUUCCAUUCAGAUGUAGUGCAACAGCAAAUGAAGGCUCUCGGUGUUUUGGAUACAGUUGUGGCCAGACAAAAAGGCUUCUCCACGCGUUUGCCUUUCGAUGAGUUCUUGAAACGCUAUCAAUUCUUGGCCUUUGACUUUGAUGAGCCUGUGGAAAUGACUAAAGACAAUUGUCGUCUGCUUUUCUUACGUCUAAAAAUGGAGGGUUGGUCCUUGGGCAAAACCAAGGUUUUCUUGCGCUACUACAACGACGAGUUCUUGGCCAGAUCCUAUGAGGUUCAGGUUAAAAAGGUCAUCAAAGUGCAGUCCAUGAUGAGAGCAUUGCUGGCACGCAAACGUGUCAAGGGCGGCAAAGUUUUUAAGUUGGGCAAAAAGGGACAAGAGCAUCAUGAUGUGGCUGCCAGUAAAAUUCAAAAAGCCUAUCGUGGGUUCCGGGACCGCGUCCGUCUGCCACCAUUGGUCAAUGAGAAGACCGGCCAAUUGAAUGAGAAUACAGCUGACUUUAUACGGCCCUUUGCCAAGAAAUGGCGUGAGAAAUCGAUUUUCCAGGUGUUAUUACACUAUCGAGCCGCUAGAUUUCAGGAUUUUGUAAAUCUUUCGCAACAGGUUCACAUCUACAAUCAACGAAUGGUGGCUGGACUCAAUAAAUGCACUAGGGCAGUGCCCUUUGAACGCAUCAAUAUGCGUGAAGUAAACUCGUCACAGUUGGGACCAUUGCCAGUGCCCAUCAAGAAGAUGCCCUUCCGUUUGGAUCAGAUACCCUUUUAUGAUACCCAAUAUAUGGUCGAUCCGGCCAAUUCGAUUUCACGUCAAACAUUUCCCAAUCAAUUGCUGAUGCAGCAAAUGGAGGAUGAUGAAGCCUGGGAUAGUCCAUUGCAACGUAAUCCAUCGAUGACUUCGUGUGCCCUUACCUAUAAUGCCUAUAAGAAGGAACAGGCAUGCCAAACGAAUUGGGAUCGUAUGGGCGAAAGCGAUAAUAUCUAUAAUCAGGGAUUUUUUAGAGAUCCACAGCAGUUGAGAAGAAAUCAAAUGCAAAUGAAUAUGAAUGCCUAUAACAAUGCCUACAAUAGCUAUAGCAGCAACUAUAAUAGCAAUCAAAAUUGGGGCGUUCAUCGCUCUGGAUCGCGACGCAAUUCGUUAAAGGGUUAUGCAGCGCCACCGCCACCACCGCCGAUGCCCUCGUCAAAUUACUAUCGCAAUAAUCCCAAUCAGCAGCAGCGGAACUAUCAGCAACGCUCGUCCUAUCCACCAUCGGAUCCAGUGCGUGAAUUACAGAAUAUGGCACGCAACGAUGGAGGCGAUAAUUCGGAGGAUCCACCGUUCAAUUUCAAGGCCAUGCUACGUAAGACCAAUUAUCCCAGGGGUUCAGAGACAAGCACCUACGAUUUUCAUAAUCGUCGUGGCUCCGAUACCGAUCAACAGCAGCACACAUUCCAGGCGCCCAAAUUACGUACGACAGGACGUCGUUUCGAUGAUGACAAUGACCAGCAUCAGCAUAAUGCAUAUUCGUCUGGUAACUAUGGAGUAGCCCGGAAUUUUGGACAACGGGCACCGCAAUUACACCAAGCGGGAUCAACUGUGGGACGCAGCUUUGAGGACAAUAGCAAUGCACGCUCCUUUGAAGAGGCUGGAUCCUAUGUUGAGGAGGAAAUAGCACCAGGAGUUACUUUGUCUGGUUAUGCGGUUGACAUAUAAAAAAGAAACACUUGAAUUUUAAAUUCUACUUGUUAUUGUAAUCAGAGAUUAUUCUAUACUAGAGACAGAGAGAGAAAACAUUGUGUGUAUUUUUAGCAAUAAAUUUGAAUUCAGCAAA